AUGGUAAAAACCAUGGCUUUAACCCAAAUGGCAUUAGAUUCAUUAGACUUUGACGCAACCGUUGCAUUAGCAACUGCAGUUGCUCCACACGUGGACAUUCUUGAAAUCGGUACACCAUGCAUCAAGCACAACGGUAUCAAAUUGCUUGAAACAUUACGUGCUAAAUUCCCAAACAACAAAAUCUUAGUUGACUUGAAAACUAUGGAUGCUGGUGAGUAUGAAUCAGAGCCAUUUUACAAAGCGGGUGCGGACAUCUGUGUAGUUUUAGGCGUAUCUGAUAUUGGUACAAUCAAAGGUGUAAUUAAAGCGGCAAACAAAUACGGCAAAAAAGCACAAGUUGACUUAAUCAACGUUGCUGACAAAGUUGCUAAAACUAAAGAAGUAGCUGCUGCUGAUAAAUUAACCAGCAUUUUGGCCGAAACUGACAAUUCAAAAUCAGCUGAACUAUUAAAGUUGGUUGAAGGUGCAGGCCGCACAUUUAUUGGGGGUGCUGGCCGAUCAUUGCUAGUUUCACGCUUCUUUGCUAUGCGCUUAGUACAUUCGGGCUACAAUGUGAGCAUGGUGGGUGAAGUGGUAACGCCAGCGAUUAAAGCAGGUGAUUUGUUGAUUUUAGUAUCAGGCUCAGGUGGCACAGAAACUUUAUUGCCAUUUGUGAAAAAAGCCAAAUCAGUUGGUGCAAAAUUAGCCGUUAUAUCAAUGAAAAAAUCUUCAGCUAUGGCAGAUGUUGCUGACUUGGUUAUUCAAAUUGGUAAUGACAAUAGUUUCCCGCUCACCAAAGGCAUGCCUAUGGGCUCACAAUUUGAAUUAUCAACUUUAAUCUUCUUAGAAGCGACCAUUGCAGAUUUGAUUUUUGCAAAAGGUUUAACUGAAGAA